ACUCAUGUUGUGUGGUAAUUAAUUAAGAGCUAGCUAGGGCAGAAGGAUGGGGAGGGCUCCUUGCUGUGACAAAGCAAGCGUGAAGAAAGGGCAUUGGUCGCCGGAGGAAGACAAACAACUCAAAGAGUACAUAGAGAAGCAUGGCCAUGGUGGCAACUGGAUCACUCUCCCUCGCAGAGCUGGGCUCAAUAGGUGCGGCAAGAGUUGCAGGCUAAGAUGGCUUAACUACUUGAAGCCUAACAUCAAGCACGGUUGCUUCUCCGGCGACGAGGAUUGGAUAAUCGCCAACCUCUACGCGAGCAUCGGGAGCAGGUGGUCGGUGAUCGCCAGCCAUCUCCCCGGGAGGACGGACAACGACAUCAAGAACUACUGGAACACCAAGCUGAAGAAGAAGUUCUCCGGCUUGAUCGUCGCGCAGGCCCCGAGGAGAGCGAGAAGAAAGCCGGCCGCGAAUUGCACCGGCGGCUUUCCUCCCUCUCUGGACGAGGCUUCCCCUGUUCUCUUACCCCUCCCGAUCACCGAGCCCCAGAUCCUCUUCCCGCUCCCAUCCCAAUACGGCAACUUCGACCUCACCGUCCCCGACUUGGUCGGCACCAGCAGCAUCAACACGGACGAUCAAAACCCCAGCGGCUGCACUACUGUUGAUCACCCGGAGAGCUAUUCCUACACCGGCGACGCUGCCGCCGCCGCCGCCGCGGCGCUGUUGCAGUUCAACAUGGAGGAGUACGGCGCUGCAGUUUGGAGCUCGGUGGAGGCCAUGUACUUGCAGUGACGAUCCAAAUGUAGGUGGAAAAAGACGACGCAGCUAGCUGUCUUUCUAUCUAUCUGUCCAUCUAUCUAGGGUAUGAUGACAUAUCACGUGAGCUCGACAUGGCUGUGGAAGAAAGUGGCUGAUUGGUUUGGCGUUGCCGUCGAUGAGGACGCGAAGGGUUGGUGUGUGUUUUUUUGAGCGGGGGGUUCCUCGAUGAAUCGGGACGGCAGUGAUGAUAACACUCUCACUGUGCUUUCUGUCUUCAUGCUCUUCCAAAUCAAUAGGAAACCCCCAGUUAUAAUUGCAACGGAUCGUUUAGCACUGCACUAGGACAUUUUGCUCUAUUAAAAUAAUCCCCAACCACAAACAAAAAUUCUCGAAGUGAGGAAUAUGCUUGUAUUUUUGUACCGGUAGAGUCGCUCUCAUGUCUG